ACCUUAUCUACUUUCUUCUAUCUGCAUCUCUCUCUUAUCAAUAUCUAUCUAUCGCUGCCCGACGACACCUCCUCCUUCCCGUUCACAAAUUCUUUCGUUCUGAACCCUAGUCCCUUUUGGCUCUUCUCUACACUUGCGAAUCCCAUCCAUGGCAGCCAUUUCCUCUUGCCACUAUUGUUCUUUUCUAUCUACUACCUCCAAACUUAUCAACCCUAAUGUCUCUGCCAAUUCCCACAAGCAUGCCUCGUUUCAGUCACUCAAGCCUCGUUCUUAUUCUUCCCAACAUCCUCGUCGAUUUCAACUCCACGACAAUCAGAAAGAUGGGUUCUUUCCCUUGAAAGAAUGUGCAAUUUCAAUAGCAUUGGCGGUUGGCCUGAUUUCUGGAGUGCCGGAGCUGGGCUGGGCUGGCUAUGCUAAUGCAGCGCCGGCUCCGGCGUUUCCAGAUUUGUCGGUGUUGAUCUCGGGGCCGCCGAUUAAGGACCCGGGGGCGUUGUUGAGAUACGGUCUUCCGAUUGAUAACAAAGCAAUAAGGGAGGUUCAGACGCCACUUGAGGAUGUUACUGAGAGCCUCAAGAUUGCUGGGGUCAGGGCACUUGAUUCUGUGGAAAGAAAUGUGAGACAGGCAUCUAGGGCUCUCAAGCAGGGCAGAAGUCUAAUUGUUUCGGGUCUGGCUGAGUCAAAGAAGGAUCAUGGAGUCGAAUUGCUUGGCAAGCUUGAAGCUGGCAUGGAUGAGCUCCAACAAAUUGUGGAGGAUAGGAAUCGUGAUGCAGUAGCACCUAAACAGAAGGAGCUGCUUAAUUAUGUGGGAGGUGUUGAAGAGGAUAUGGUGGAUGGUUUCCCAUAUGAAGUUCCUGAAGAGUACCGCAAUAUGCCCCUUUUAAAAGGGAGAGCUGGUGUGGAUAUGAAGGUCAAGAUUAAGGACAAUCCUAACGUAGAUGAGUGCGUGUUCCAUAUUGUCCUGGAUGGUUAUAAUGCUCCUGUAACAGCGGGGAAUUUUGUUGAUUUGGUGGAACGGCAUUUUUAUGAUGGCAUGGAAAUCCAAAGAGCUGAUGGCUUUGUAGUCCAAACUGGAGAUCCUGAGGGACCUGCUGAGGGGUUUAUUGAUCCUAGUACAGAGAAAACGCGUACAAUACCUCUGGAAAUAAUGGUAAAAGGAGAGAAAGCACCUUUCUAUGGAGCAACUCUUGAAGAUCUUGGCCUCUACAAGGCUCAAACAAAGCUUCCAUUUAAUGCAUUUGGAACAAUGGCCAUGGCCAGAGAUGAGUUUGAGAACAAUUCUGCUUCAAGCCAAGUGUUUUGGCUGUUGAAAGAAAGUGAGCUGACCCCAAGUAAUGCUAACAUAUUGGAUGGCCGCUAUGCAGUGUUCGGUUAUGUGACUGAAAAUGAGGACUUAUUAGCAGACGUCAAGGUUGGAGAUGUCAUAGAAUCAAUUCAAGUGGUCUCUGGCCUGGACAAUCUUGUCAAUCCAAGCUACAAGAUUGCCGGUUAGUGUGCCCAACUCUGCAUUACUAGUUUUGAAUUUAGAGUACGCAUUCCAAACAAAUUGGUGGAUGAGAGGAUUCAUUCAUUUGGUUGCCUAUUUGAUUGAUGAUUCUCCAUUCUUGUCUGAAUGGUUUUCAGGAAGAAUGUAAUUAUCUCUAUAAACGUUGGCUAUGGGAUUAGAUUUCUUCCCAUGAGUAUGGAUAUGAUGACAUCUCUUUGGUUA